CAUUUUGGCUAGUUUUGACUUAUGACGUAUCACGUACCUAUGUCUUUGACAAAUUGUAAAAUUUAAUAACCUUAAUAUUCAGUGAUUUGUAGUCAUAUAUUCCGAUUUUUAAACGAAAUGACAAUUUAUUUUACAGUCAUUUAUAUAGAUUUAAAUAUAAAUAUAUAGGGAUUAGAUUAAAUUAAACUUAAAUAACUGUUACUGUUUUCUUAGUAUUCAUCAAGACUGAAUUUUCAGUUAGUUUAUAGGUAAAUUAAAUAAGAAUAAAAAAUGAGUACUCUGAAUGCUGAUGUUGAAAAAGGUGAAGAAGUAGGUAAUUCAACGGGUAAUCCUAGAAAACGCCGAAAACUCGAUUCUGACACUGAAGACCAACCACCAAAAAAGGAACAUACUUCUAUUGUUGCUGCUCAUUACAACCAUUUAGAAGAAAAAGGUCUAAGGGAACGAUUUAAUUCUCCAAUAUUUUACCUGAGAAACUUUAAUAAUUGGGUUAAAUCUGUCCUUAUACAAGAAUAUGUUGAUAAAAUUCGAGAAAAAGACUAUGGGAGGCCAUUAUAUGCGCUUGAUAUAUGCUGUGGAAAAGGUGGAGAUAUAAGUAAAUGGCAGAAAGUACGUGUGGAACAUGUUGUAUUUGCAGACAUUGCUGAAGUUUCUAUUCAACAAUGCCAAGCGAGAUACAAAGAUAUGAGAGGUAAUUCAUUUUCUGCACAGUUUAUUGCUGCUGAUUGUACAAAGGAAUGUUUGCGGAACAAAUAUACAGAUCCUUCAAUACGAUUUGAUGUAGUAAGUUGCCAAUUUGGUUUACAUUAUAGUUUUGAAAGUUUGGUCCAAGCAAGGCGUAUGCUAAUGAAUAUAACUGAAUGCCUUAAACCCGGUGGAUACUUUUUUGGAACAUUACCAAAUGCAAAUGAAAUAGUAUCUCGUGCCCAAAAAUCGGAGAAUGGAGAAUUUGGAAACAGGAUUUACAAAAUUAAAUUGCUCUUUGACGUAAAGGAUGGUUAUCCAUUAUUUGGUGGGAAAUAUGAUUUUCAUUUAGAAGGAGUUGUGGACUGCCCUGAGUUUUUAGUUUACUUUGAUUUAUUUCAUAAGUUAGCUAGAGAAUAUGAUCUUGAAUUAGUAUAUAAGGCUGGAUUAGCAGAUGUCUAUAAAGACCAUGUUGAAAAAUACAAGGAUUUAUUGUACAAAAUUAGGUGUUUUGAAAGUUAUCCACCACCACCAGGCAAAGAUUUGAUUGCAAGCGAAUCUGAGUAUGAGCAUGCAAAAGUAUUUUGGGAGAAUAAUAAAGAUACAAAUGAGCAUUAUCGUCUUCGUACCAUGAGCAAAUCGGAGUGGGAAGUAGCAAAUAUAUAUAUGGCAUUUGUGUUCAGAAAAUGUAAGAAACAAGAGAAAGAACCAAGAAACAAGACAGAUGAUAAUCCCUCAAAAAGUGAUGUAAGUUCAAAACAAUGAGGGUUAAAAUUAAUUUAACUUUACAGUACACUGUAUAGUGGAGCACUUGUAUUGGUAAUGUGAAUAAUAAACUGUAUUUUAAAGAUUUUUUUUGUAAAAAAUUGAUGAAAUCUUGAAAUAAUAACCUACCACUAUCUAUCUGCUAGCAUAAAAUGAGCCCAACAUUCUAACUUGUAGUGUUAACUCAUUUCAGUCUCAAAUCACUUGUGUCUAGGAAUACUCGUACUCUUUAAAAACAACUUUGAGUAAUCCGCAGAAGAUUGAAUUUUAAAUACUGUAUGCUUAAAGUAUAACUUUACCUAAGUAGGUAUAAUUGGUGAAUGUGCAUCUUGAGAUUUUUACAUCAAUGUGUUUCAUACAUAAAACAAUAUUUUUUUUAUAAAAAUGUUAGAUAUAUGUUAAUAGUUUUGUGAUUCAUUUUAUCAUGCAAGUGUUAUUUAUAAACAAUAAAUAAAAAGUGCAUUUGUAUUUCGCAAA